AUGUUAUCCAUUUUAGAAAAGUUUGACAUUUUUGGUGUUCCAAUUAAACUGAAAACUAUUAAAAAAUAAGAACAAUUUAAAUCAUCUCAAAGUGGAGUAAUAGCAAUUAUCAUAAUGAUUUUAAGCUUGGCUUAUUUCUUUUAUGUGAUAUCAUUAUGGAUCAAUGGAAAAUUAAUACCUAAAGUUACAACUUCUUAAAGAAUGAUUGAUUAUACGACUUAUGAAUGGGAAAAUAGUGAGAUUUCCUUUACUCUUUAUGAUAUAAGAUCAAAAAUAAAUCCAUUCACCAAAGAAAAUAACAUUAUUAUGCCAGUAUUAUUAGAAAUCUCUGGAUUAAUCAUUUCUGCUUAUCCUAGAUUGUUAUUUAGCACAUUAUAAGUAGAUGGAGACAAAAAUGUUAUAACAAUUGAUAAAGGAAAAUUAGUAUUAAGUUAAGUAGAUGGGUCGAAAGAAGAUGAUCAAGAAGAUAUAAAAUAGUAUUUUGUAUUUUUUACAAAAUGUCGCUAGGAUUGGAUGGAAGAAGGGGGAUAUUGUGCUGAUCAAUAAACUAUAGAUGAUUAUUUCAGUACAAAUCAUGGAUUAUUAUUUUUGUCGAUUAAUCUUCAAUAAUAUAAUUAUGAGACUUUGGAAUUUGAUGAAAUUAAAAAAACUUAAUUUUUUGCCUUUGAAGAAAAAAGCCCAUUUUAUUCUUAAGUGGUUCUAUAAAAAUAAUAAACAACUAUUGAUGAUGGUAUAUUAUUUAGUAACUUUAAAACUUUUGAAGUAAUUAAGGAUUAUGAAGUUAAUACUUAAGCAGUUUCAGCUAAAUUUGCUUAGGACACUGUAAUAACUGUAGAUAAUAUUUAAUUGGAAUUUGAAUCAUUAGGGGCAUUUAUUUUCAGAAUUGACAACAUACAAGCAAAUGAGACUAUACUUAUGCCAAAAUUAGGAGAAGUAUUGGCUCAAAUUGGAUCCAUUGUUAAUAUUAUAAUGUUAUUGAAAAUACUCUCUAAUAUGAUUAAUACAGCUAUGUUGGAGAGUACCAUAUUGCAUCAAAUAAUUGAAAUUUAUUAUCCACAAUUUCAGCAUGUCUAAAUUACCAAGAAUUUUUUAGGUUAGAUUAAAUAAGUGCAUUAUAAAGGUGUUGAAAUCAAAUUGGCUAAUUUUUAGCAUAAAUAUAAUUAAUUAUUAGAAAUUGCAAGAACAAAAUUCACUUUUAAUAAUCUUAUUUAAGAAAUAUCUCGUGUUUAAUUGGUUUUAAUAAAUUAGAUAGGCAUUUAAAAUAUAAAAAAUAUAUUUAAGAUAGAAGAGGAUCUGAAAUUCUUUGAGAGCGAUAGAUUAUCUAAUUCCAAUCAUCAAAUUUAGAAUUUAGUUUCCGUAUUACCUGAAGAAUCACCCAAAAAAUCAGAAUUUGAAAGAUUUGAAUUGUUUAAUUCAGAAUUUCCAUCAUGA